UUAACUUUUAGAACUGAUUACUGACAUUUUUUGGCAAUCAAAGACUAGGAUAAUCAAAUUAGAUUGAGGAUGGAGUCAGCUUUUGCAUUUCUGUGUUUGUUAACAAUUGUUUUGGCUGCGGAUCCAGGUCCACUGAGUAGUGAUGUAGAUGUAUGGAUAGAUCCAGUUCAAGCUAGAGAGCUCUUGUGUCGCGGCGCCACGUUGGAUAUCGUACGAGGAGGUGAAGCCCAACCAAUCAUCCAGAAACUUCGUAACAAGCUCACCGUCAUCCCGCCUGAUAUCAAUACUGUCAAUAUCACAUGGAGGGCUGCACCUGGGUUUCAUUAUGCCAUCCACGCAAGAACAGCAAACACCAGGCUCAUGGAGAACCUUGCUAUCACAAUACCGCCCUCUGGAACUAUACCAACCUCUGAAAGUGUUUUUCAGGUGGAGCUACGAUGCACGGGAAGACAAACUGGUAUUGCUUCAGGUCGGUUUGUCUUGAAGAUAUGGGAUGAAACCAAACGUCUCAUCCCAGGAUCGCCACUUAGGAUUCCAUUCCAGAAGCAGUGCUGGAAAAAGGUCAAGCCGUGUCAUCCUCCGUGUGGUAACGGUGCUGUGUGUGCUGAUGAUGGCGUCUGUGAGUGUCCAGAAGGCUACUAUGGAACCAGCUGCAAACAUGCUAUAUGCAUCCCACAUUGUUUUAAUGGUGGAUCGUGUAUUGAGCCCAGUGUGUGUCAAUGUCAAGAUGGAUUCACAGGAAACCGAUGCCAAACAGCUUCGUGCCUGGAUAACUGUUCUGACAACGGCCAAUGUGUGGCGCCAGAUACAUGUGUAUGUCGGUAUGGAUGGACCGGACCAACUUGUGCCAUUAGGCAGCUCGGAGUUGAUGGUAUCUAGAAGAAUCAAGAUUCAAGCGUAAAAGAACAAGCGAGAUUUUAACAACAUGUACAUGUUUCUUAAUGUUAACAUUAAUGUGUAUUCAUCUUGAUUCAAAAUCAACAAGACGAAGUCUUCCAUUCUUUUAGUUGUAAAACAUUCUUUUUCUUUAAUUGUCAAUUCAGGCUGGCGUAUGUGUUUUUAUAAUUCAUUUAGCAUGAAUGUAUUUUAUAGCAUUGUCUUGAUGAUCGAUAAGUGCACGUUUUUAUUUCAAAUUCGAAUUACCCAUGUUUGUUAUGACUGCAGUAUGAA